AUGGUCCUCAAACACUUUGAAAUACCACUCGAUCUGCGGAUUGUCCAGCGGUUGAAACAGGUCCACCAGUUCGCCAACCAAUUCGUCAAACUGGUUCGGAAUCACCAACAAGCUCGGAUCCAUCUUCUCAACGACCAUGUGCUGGUUGCCAAACCCGACCGUGUUGACCGCGUCCUCGUCGGCAACCCUCGCACCACUCGUCGAGUCCAGUUUCACAGACUCUGUCUCGACGUAUCUGUAGACGCCGUUAUCGUCGUAGAAACGGAACGGACUUUGAAGUUUGGGUUCUCUGAACAGGUUGAUUCCACGAACCGACAUUUUGAUCUGUUUUAUUUGCAACGUGCAUCUGAAGCUUGUUCUUUUCAGUUCCUUCGUUUUGAACACUUUGUCCUGGAUCUGGUCGACCUCGAGCUUUUCGACGCUGGGCCGAAACUGAUCAAGCGUCUCGAAAACCGUCUGGUACUCGGAAAGAUCGAACUUCCCGUCUCUGGCCAGCAGGAACGGCACCACGUUGAUUUUGUCCAGACUCAAGUCGUUCAGCACGUUCCAAAGCAGCACUUUUUUCGACGUGGCCCCGUUGAACGGCCGGUCGCAGUCGGUGAACAGGAAGAUCCGGCGAACGUUGUAGCUUUUCACAAGCCCAUCUCGCGAGUUCUGGAACACUUCCACCAACUCGUCUGCUGUGACCAAGGCCGGGUCCUGUGUCCGACUGGCGACUGUCUCUGCAUCGAACGAUUCCAACGCACGCAAUUGGUCGAUUCCAAUGUCCUCGAGCUCAAAAACAGGAACUAUCCCGUCCUGACAAUGGAACAAAUAGCACCCCACGCCGGUUCCCGAAUGGGUCUUGACCAUUUCGCGAACGAGCUCACGAACACUGGCCAGAAUCGACGCCAAGUGCGGCCGCAUGGUCGGUGUCAAUUCAAGUUUUUCAAAAAGACAAAGUACCCUAUCAACCCAGAAACCCAGUCUCCAACAGAAAAGGCAUGCUACACAAUGUUGACUAAAACGUCGCGGUCAUUCGCUGCCGUGAUCAUGGAGCUCAACCCGGAACUGCGUAAUGCCAUCAUGUUGUUCUACCUGGUGUUGAGAGCCCUCGACACGAUCGAAGACGACAUGACCAUCUCGCCAGACGAGAAAAUACCUCUUCUUAGAUCGUUCGACUCCAAAUUGUUGCUCAAAGACUGGACCUACAAUGGAAACGGGCCAAACGAAAAGGACCGGAUCGUUCUUGUUGAAUUCGACAAGAUCCUCGCCGAGUACCACAAACUGAAUCCAAAGUACCAGGACGUUAUUAAGGACAUCGCGUUCAAGAUGGGUAACGGUAUGGCCGACUAUGUGAUCAACGAGGAGUUCAAUUUGAACGGAGUGGCCACCGUCAAGGAAUACGACCUGUACUGCUACUACGUGGCCGGUCUUGUUGGUGAGGGGCUUACCAAGAUGACUGUGGCUGCAAACUUUGGACACCCUGAUCUGUUGGAAAAAAUCGACCUGAGUUUGUCGAUGGGUGCAUUUCUACAAAAAACAAACAUCAUCAGGGAUUUCAGAGAAGAUCUGGACGAUGGCAGAUCGUUCUGGCCCAAGGAGAUUUGGGGUAACCAUGCCGAGAAGCUCGUGGACUUCACCAAGCCAGACCAAGUGCAAGCCGGUCUGUCUUGUAUUUCCGAGCUCACACUCAACGUUCUGGAGCUUGUGCCCGACGUGCUGAUCUACCUGUCGAUGGUGUACGACCACUCGACGUACUGUUUCUGCGCCAUUCCGCAGGUGAUGGCCAUUGCCACGUUGACGCUUGUUUUCCAGAACCCAAAGGUGUUCCAGAGAAACGUCAAGAUCAGAAAGGGUGAGACAUGCAAGCUAAUUCUGGAAAGCAGAACCUACGAGGGUGUUUUGAACAUCUUCUCCAGUUACCUCAACGAACUGCACCACAAGUGUCCUGUGACCGAUCCUUAUUACCUGGAGAUUGGAAUCAAGGUUGGCCAGCUCCAACAGUUCAUAGAGCAACUGAACCCUGAUCCUAGCCAUCUGCCCAAGGGACUCGAGCCCCAAAAGACCAACAACUACAACCUUGUUCAGAAAAGAAUCAAGCAGGAUGAUGUCGUCAAGCCGGUCUUGCAAAAAGAACAACUGGCCUGCCGGACGACUGUGGCGAUCAACGUGUUCAACCGCGACAUCAAGCUGAAACAGCGCGAGCGCGCCGCCAGAAACACAGAGUCUACCAUGGUGGAGUAUAUCCGGGACGAAGUAGCCAGACGGUCGAUCGAACGUCUGGCGUUUCUCAAGACCCCGUUCACAAGCAUCAUGGACUUUGGGUGCAACUCGGGCAACUUCGAGCGCCAGCUGUGCGAGUCCAGACCCGACGACGACAAAAGAUGGAGAGACGACAAGCAUCUUGUCCGGUCCAAAAUCGGGAAAAUAUACAUGGUGGACUCGUCCAAAAGCAUGCUGGAAAAACACAGCGACGAGACCUUCAACUCGCUGUUAAACAUCCAAAGAGUCAACGCAGACGAGGAACAGUAUUCUCAUCCUGUUUUGCAGACCUCAGACAUGUUCAACGUGAUUAUAUCCAACCUGUCGUUGCAUUGGAUCAACGACCUGCCAACAGUGUUCCAGAACCUGUAUUCGUCGCUGCAACCGAACGGGUGUUUCAUCGGGUCGAUGUUUGCGGGCGACACGCUGUUUGAGCUUCGAUCGGCGCUCCAGAUGGCAGAGCUCGAGCGUUGUGGAGAAUUGUCGCCCAGAGUCUCGCCGUUUGUCGAGUCUGCCGACGUGGCCACCCUCAUGAAAAACGCAGGGUUCCAGAUGCUCACCAUCGACGUCGAAGAGAUCAUCGUCGAGUACCCGGACGUGCUGUCGCUUAUGAAAGACCUCCAGCUCAUGGGAGAGUCCAACUCGAUCCUGGGCACGCCGCCAGCAUUGAAGAAAGACCUCCUUAUUGCGCUCCAGCCCAUAUACCAGGCGUUCUACCCGGGGUCCCGCCCUGGAAUGCUGCCGGCCACGUUUAAGUUCGUGUUCAUGGUGGGCUGGAAACCGGGCUCGCAGCCAAUCGGUCAGCUUUGA